AUGCCUCGCCUGCCCAGGCAGGUGGGGCCGCCAUUGGAUGAUUCACACCCACAAGCGGAGAAAUUCACGGCCCUCGACAAUUUCUUUUCUCAAGCAUUCAGCGCAGAGCCAUACCAUAAGAAUUUCAACUUCUUUUGGAAGACUGUAGCCAUCAUGUCCAAGAUCACAGUCGCCGGAGUGCGCCAGAAUGUCGAGAACCUUCUCAACUACUCUCUCAAUGAGAAGAAGCGUAACUUCAACGAGACCGUUGAGCUUCAGAUCGGUCUGAAGAACUACGACCCCCAGCGUGACAAGCGUUUCUCUGGCACCAUCAAGCUGCCUACCGUCCCCCGCCCCAACAUGGCCAUCUGUAUUCUUGGUGACCAGCACGAUCUUGACCGUGCUAAGCACCACAACAUCGAUGCCAUGUCCGUUGACGAUCUCAAGAAGCUCAACAAGAACAAGAAGCUCAUCAAGAAGCUUGCUCGCAAGUACGAUGCCUUCCUUGCUUCCGAGGGUCUGAUCAAGCAGAUUCCCCGUCUCCUCGGUCCCGGUCUGUCCAAGGCCGGAAAGUUCCCUACCCCCGUCUCCCACGCUGAGGACAUGGCCGCCAAGGUCACCGACGUCAAGUCCACCAUCAAGUUCCAGCUCAAGAAGGUUCUGUGCCUCGGUGUUGCCAUCGGUAACGUCGAGAUGGAGAAGGAGGCCCUUGUUGCCAACCUGAUGCUCGCCAUCAACUACCUUGUCUCCCUCCUCAAGAAGGGCUGGCAGAACGUUGGCAGUCUUGUCAUCAAGGCUUCCAUGUCUCCUCCCCACCGUGUCUACUAG